AGCUUUUGGCUCUGUUUUCUUCACCGAUAUAAGUAGCAGUGGUAGCCGUAGCAUCAUUUUCCCAUCCUCCUCUCUCUUAUCAUUAUUCUGCAAUUUACUACUCUUUUCCUUUCUUUCUUUCUUUCUUUCUUUCUUUCUUGUUCCUUCCCCUGCCAAAACAGAGUGUUUGAUAGUUUCAUCCUUCUUCCCUUCCUUCCCCCAAUCCCCAACCGAAAUUAAACUCUCUCCCACCACCUCCUAAACCAACCCAAAAAUUAAAAUCUCCCUGUGGCAAGCUUCUCUCUGUCUGUCUGUCUUGCUCUGUUUGUUUGUUUCUGGUGGCGGUGGCCGGAGAGAUGGGGGAUGGGUACGACGAGGAGCAGGAGUGCGACUACCUGUUCAAGACGGUGAUGAUCGGGGACUCGGCCGUGGGGAAGUCGAACCUGCUGUCGAGGUUCUCGAGGAACGAGUUCCGGGUCGACUCCAAGCCCACCAUUGGGGUUGAGUUCGCCUACAGGGAUGUCCGCGUCGGGGAUAAGCUCAUCAAGGCCCAAAUUUGGGACACCGCCGGCCAAGAAAGGUUCCGAGCAAUAACAAGCUCAUACUACAGAGGAGCGCUGGGGGCGCUGGUGGUAUACGACAUCUCACGGCGAGCGACAUUCGACAACGUGGAAAAGUGGCUGGACGAGCUCCGCGGCUUCAGCAGCGCCGACAUGGUCAUCGUCCUCGUCGGCAACAAAUGCGACGUCGGCCGGCAGCUGCGAGAGGUAAGCGAGGAGGAAGCCAGGAGCCUGGCCGAGGCGGAGGACCUCUCCUUCGUCGAGACCUCCGCCAGGGACAACCUCAACGUCGACUCUGCCUUCCUCGAGAUGAUCGCCAAAAUCCACCUCAGGAAUACUUCUCACAGGACUCUGGACGCCGGCGGCAGGGGAGGAGGAUCCGCCGUGGCCCCCGUCUCGUCUCUGCCGGUGGGGAGACAGAUACUGAGUUUCGACGAUCAGGGUGCCAAGAGUACUAUUAAAGAGGGUCAUGCUGAUUCCAGAGGCUGUUGUUCUUUCUAGCAAGACAAGACUCAAGAGGUUAGGAAAAAGAAAAGGAAUAUUCCUUUGUUUCUUUCUUAAUUAAUGGUUGGUUGUGGUGAGUCAGAGUUCGAAACGUUUCUGUGUUUUUUGUUUACCACUUCUCACUUCUGUAAUUUACACCAUGGCUA